AGGAGGGACUAGCAGUUUGCACAUCAUUUGACCAAACAGUUCGAGUUUUGAUCGUCACCAAAUUGAACAAAGUUUGAUCAUUGAAUCAAAGAACAGUGAAUAAAAUACUGGUAAGGGCCGUGGCUUACAUAUGUCCGUGGGAAUCAAGAUUGAUCCAAACGUGGUGGUGCUCGGCUCAGUCGCUCGAAAAAUGAGGAUCAACAGGCUGGUUCAACUUGAUUGCUAAAUGCUAAAGCAGCAGCAUAGACAUUGGUCAUUGCGCUACUGUCCGGCUUGAUCAGUUUAAGAGCGGGCGCAUGCUUCACUUGCUAGUUGUAAAAUAGUACUGAAAUAAAAAAAAAUCUUUGAUAGCUUAGCAGUAAGGAACUUGCAGCUUAGCCUGAAACAAUGUUAUUUUCAUGCAACAUGAUGAUGAUAAAUUGAAAAUUUGUAACGUACUUGCCCCUUGUAUGGUUCAUCGGCUUUUCACUCUAUGGGAUUGGGAGACUCCGGUGAAGAGUGGGGCCUUGACUUGAAAUGUCUAUUCUUAUACAUUCUAAGCUGACAAAAAAAACAACCCUAAGUGAUUUAGAAAUAUAAAUUACUACUAGUAUUCCAUGAAGAGUGGUUGUUCUACUAAGGGGCCAUUCACAAAGGAUGUCCGAGCCGAGGGGGGGAGGGGGGUUUGGAAAAUCAGGACAAACUCGGACAUAGGGGGGGGGGGUUAGCAAUCCGGAUGUCCGAAAUUUAAAAAAAUUCAAAAACAAAUUUCUUUUUCCCUCUAUUUUGAGCAGUCCUUCCCAUUGUGAAAUUGGCAUUUUGACUAUGCGGUUAACACUAGAUUUUGUUUUAAUUAGUAAUUUAUAUGUUUUUGUGUUCACAUUUACAGUUAUAAAAAAGUUCUAAAAGUAAAAAAGUUUUUUACUCUUGAUAUAUACAAGGUUGCGUGAGUUUUUGCGAGGCAUGGCGGAUGUCCGGGGGGAGGGGGGGGUCACUAAUUCGGACAAUGCCGGACAAGGGGGGGAGGGGGUGUCUGAAAAUCCAUCAUUUGGCCGGACAUCCUUUGUGAAUGGCUCCUAACAGAUUGAUACUUUUUGCACUAAACUUCCAAAAUUAAACAUCGGGCCUAUAUUCGAGGUGUACAGGGUAUCCGGGAAGGGAAUAGUUUUCCGGGGAUCAAAUAUCGGAGGGUAUUUUAUCCGUUUUACGUGUAAUUGAGUCGUCUUACAUCUCAGUCAGCGGAUAUUCCCAUGAGACAAAAACAAAAUAUAAAAUUAUAAAUGGUAGAACGAAUAGAAUGUAGUAAAUGUAAAUGAAAAAUUCACAAAAAAUAGGUUGUUUUCCUUUCUUGAUAUGUUAAGACAGAAUGUCUAGUUCACUAACAGCUUUUGCCUAUAUUGAGAAUGUAGAUCGUGUUAUUUCAUCUUUAUAUCAGUCGGACAAAGGUGAUGAUACUGAGUCAGGUUUGGAAUAUUUAUACUUUCUAUUUCUGCCGUUUUGUGUUGAUGUAUCAUGUGUUCUAGAAUUGUUCAUGUUGCAAGUAAUUGUAGAGACGUUUGAGAGAAAUUAUGUUGCAUGUGAUGUUGGAAGCGAAUCAAGCAUAUAAAGGCUUGACUUCAGUCAGAAGAAUGGGUUAGCCAGCCUGCCUAGGUUAGCACUAUUUUCCAUCCAGCAAACCGCCUUACCGAUUUUCUAAAGUCGUUUCUUUUUGGAUUUGUUUAUUAUUUUGGGUUAGGGUUAGAGUUGCGGUUAGGGUUAGGGUUAGAGUAGGGGUAGGGUUUGGGUUAGUUACAUAGCCAUGCCAUUUAACACUUUUUCCAUCUUUCGAAAAUGACGUCAGGUCAGUUUGCUGGAUGGAAAAUAGUGCUAACCGCCUGCCUAUGAUGGGGCCAGCAGGCCAGGCCAGUGUAGUAUAUACUGGUAAUAAUGUGAAAUCUGUGUUUAACUAUGACAGGACUUGAUAUUCUGAGAGGAUCUCACUCUGGCAGAUAAAAAAAUUCAUGCAAAGAGAGUGGAAUUUGAAAAAAAAUAUUGGUGCAAUUUAGGGGCCACAUCCAGAUUCAACUUGCCACACAAAAUGACAUUUUGGGUGGGUAGGUGUAUAGAAAAUACACUUCGUAGCUAUAGGGGGUGUGACAUCCCCUGAAAACAUCUUUUCGGCAAAAUAACGGUUUUAUUGGCAGAUCGUUUCUGUAAGCAGCGGAAAUAUUAGAGUGGUUCAGAUGAAAAAGUAAUAGUAUUAGCAAAAAUUUAGCUAAAUUUACCAAAAUUACGGAAAAAGUUAACAAAUCUUGAUAUGUAUGGAAAAUUUCUGGUAUGUACAGAAAAAAUUUUUUUACGUAUGAAAAAAAUUUUGCGUUCCCCUGCUCGCCAACAAUUUUUUGGGGAAAAUAUUAAUUAGCGACGGAAAUGUUGUUGGCAAAUCUGAUACUACACCCCCAGGGUGAAUCUCUCAAUUUUUCUGCACCGAAGAUUUUUCGAAUUCAUGUAAAGCUGCGCCAAGAAAAUUGUCGCGAAAAAUAUGCGGUUUUCGGAAAUAUCCAAAAUUUUCACCGAAUUUUCGAAAUUUGGCUUUUCAUUCUUCUCAAAUCAUAAUUUCAAAUAUACUAUUACAUAAAUGCUCAAUUGCUUCACCAAAUCUUUGCCAAAUUGGUCUUUGGGAUCAUUCUGCACCAAAUUGUUGCGCCAAAUCAAUAUUUGCGAUCAAUCUGCGCCAAACUUUGUUCGAGUCGCUGUUCUGUGCCGAAGAUCUUUCGGAAAUACACCCUCAAAUUCACUCUGGCUACACCUCUUUAUCCUCUUCGCUACGGCCCUGCUGUUUUGACGUUUUCACUGUGGUAAAAUGAAUAUUUUCACCAAGAAUAAAAUAUUUCUCAACCUAGAGUGAGUAUAUAUAGUCUUCAAAAAACAAUGUUAAUUAAAGCUAUUCGCACUACCUUUUUAAUCACAACAUAGUAUGUUCAGGAAAAUUUCACUCUUGCAUAGUUGAUUGGCUUUGCACUAGAAGGUGUUGUUGGAGAAUGGCUCAACAAAUUCACAUGCCAAAACGUGCCACACUUGACGUUUUCAAGGCUGGGUGGGUGGUUGCAUGGGUUUAGAAGAAAACGUCAAUUUGACAAAUAUUAGAGUGGUUCAGAUGAAAAAGUAAUAGUAUUAGCAAAAAUUUAGCUAAAUUUACCAAAAUUACGGAAAAAGUUAACAAAUCUUGAUAUGUAUGGAAAAUUUCUGGUAUGUACAGAAAAAAUUUUUUUACGUAUGAAAAAAAAUUUUGCGUUCCCCUGCUCGCCAACAAUUUUUUGGGGAAAAUAUUAAUUAGCGACGGAAAUGUUGUUGGCAAAUCUGAUACUACCACCCCCAGGGUGAAUCUCUCAAUUUUUCUGCACCGAAGAUUUUUCGAAUUCAUGUAAAGCUGCGCCAAGAAAAUUGUCGCGAAAAAUAUGCGGUUUUCGGAAAUAUCCAAAAUUUUCACCGAAUUUUCGAAAUUUGGCUUUUCAUUCUUCUCAAAUCAUAAUUUCAAAUAUACUAUUACAUAAAUGCUCAAUUGCUUCACCAAAUCUUUGCCAAAUUGGUCUUUGGGAUCAUUCUGCACCAAAUUGUUGCGCCAAAUCAAUAUUUGCGAUCAAUCUGCGCCAAACUUUGUUCGAGUCGCUGUUCUGUGCCGAAGAUCUUUCGGAAAUACACCCUCAAAUUCACUCCCCCCCCCCCCUCUUUAUCCUCUUCGCUACGGCCCUGCUGUUUUGACGUUUUCACUGUGGUAAAAUGAAUAUUUUCACCAAGAAGUAAAUAUUUCUUAACCUAGAGUGAGUAUAUAUAGUCUUCAAAAAACAAUGUUAAAGCUAUUCGCACUACCUUUUUAAUCACAACAUUCACUCUUGCAUAGUUGAUUGGCUUUGCACUAGAAGGUGUUGUUGGAGAAUGGCUCAACAAAUUCACAUGCCAAAACGUGCCACACUUGACGUUUUCAAGGCUGGGUGGGUGGUUGCAUGGGUUUAGAAGAAAACGUCAAUUUGACGUUUUGGGUGGCAAGUUGAAUAUUUAUGGACGCGGCUCCUUAGGGAAAGAAACAAAUUCCUGGAACUACAUGGAAUAUACAGAAAAUUCUUUAUAAACAUUUCUGCACAGCUUCUACACUGUAAAAAAAUUGACAAAGCUCGAUCAAACAUGCUUGCAAGGAAAAUGAUCCCAUCCUAUCUACAGGUCCUCCCCUUGAAUCAAAUAAAUAAAUGCCAUGUUGUCCUGUAAAUCAAUGGAAUUUUAAAUGUAAAUUAUAUUUCAGGCACUGGUAGUAAUGAAGAAGAUCAGUGGGAAUGGGAGGAUGAAAGCCAUGAUCUCAAAGUUAGUAGCCUUCUGUUGCUUUAUAUUAUUAUUGCAUUUUUGUUAGAUCAUUAGUCCAUAAUCAUUCAUGUGUGGGAGUAUGCCCUUUGCAGGCACCAUGGAUGCCCACCUAGAGACCUUUUCAGCCCAUCCCAAAAAACAAUUUAAAUGCCCAGUGGGAUAAUUAAAUGACAGUAGUGUGAUUGAAAUAAAGAUUUGGAGCUAAGAAAUUAGACCAAAAAUCUCAAAAUUUCCUGGGGGCAUUGUCCCCUAACUCCCAUUAGCAAUUAUGCACCCAGACCCCUGUUGCAGUUUGUCUGGUGGCACUCAUCUCCCCCCUAAAUUUUUUGGCACUCCCCCAGAGCAAAAUCUGAAAAUCCAUCUAUGGCAGGCAUUUUCACAAUAUUUAGUUCUCAAAACCUAAAAUACAAUGUAUUCUGAAGUAAGAUGAAUUUUGCUUGUAGGCACCAAAAUAUAAUAUUGGUGAACCCUGCUAUUAUCCAUUGCCAAAUGUACGAGGAUGGCCAUUUUCUGCCCAAAUUUUUAACCUGGCUAAAACUUUGUGCUGGAAAUUACAGGAUAUAGGUUGUGCUUCUGCAGCACUAAAGAUCAUCAUAACUAUAUUUUAUAGUCAGAGGAAGAUGAAAAGCAAGUAGAGGAAAAAGAUGUUCAAAGUAAUUGGUUACAAGAUUGUUGUGUUGGUAUUUCACCAUGCGAGGACCUGAUUGCCUUUGGUAGGGAGGACAGACUGGUUAUCUUGACAGGUACUUGCUGAUGCUAACUCAAUGAUAUUAAUAAGUAGCAGGGGCGUAAGAACAGGGGGGCCAGCCCCCCCCCCCCCAAGUUUUGGCAAGUGCCCUUUUUCCGGGAGCAAAGUGCCCUUUUCUUGCAUGAAAAAUGUCUUAAGGAUUGCCUUUUUUUGCCCAAAGGGCACUUUUGAAAACUUGAAUUUAUGUUAUUUUCCGAAAUUUUUUUUCAUUUCCCGAAAAAAUAUGAUAUAUCCGGAAAAUUUUUUGGUAUACCCGAAAAUUUUUUUUCAUAUUUAGGAAAAUUGUGAUAUAUCCGGAAAAUUUUUUUUGGUAUUUUUGGAAAAAAUUUUUGAGACCUCCCCGCCCCCAUAUAGCAUGUCAUUGGCAAUAUUAUAUAAUUUGUGUUAAUCUUUUAGCCAAAUGGGACAGACAAGCAACUUCAGAACCAAAAACAAAAUUUCAAAUAUCUUGGACAGGCCAACUAGCAUUAGAAGAAGGGUAAGCUAUAUUCUUCAUAUUAAUUAAUAGACCUUACCGAUUAUUCUCUUUUACCCAAUGGCCUCAUUUCCAUGUUAACUUAUUUUAACAAGUCAGGGGCAGAUAAAGGUUAUAUUCCAUAUUCCACCUGAUCUGUAAUGACUGUUUGUCAUCCGCUUGUCUGUAAUUUCUAUUGUUUCACUUUAGGGAAUGUAUUUCAGGCUUGCUUUGUCUUCCUUUGGCAUCUCAACACAAGUAAGUGCAACAAGUUGUUUCAACAACCAUAUUUGAACUCAUUCAAGAUCACACAAGGUCAUCUGUGUUAAAGAAAUACACAAUGUUCUUAUACAGAUGAUCCAGUGGACGGCAAUAUUGAAUUACUGCAAUCAAUGAUUUUUUUUAAACAGAAGUUCUCAAGGAUUUCCUGACUGGACAUGUAUAGUGGCUGGUUUCACUUCAGGCUAUGUCCGUUUUUAUUUGCAGGUAAAUAUUUCUUUAAAAUGAAAGUGUUGUUCCAAACGUCCCAUGCAGUUGAGUUGAGAGUGACGUUUGACCCUGUCUUGACUGAUGGAGCUAUCUAGUAUAAAUAAAUUUCAUUUUCAGAAAAUGUGCAUUAUUUAACUUUUAUGUAGGAUGGCUCUCUAUUACUACAUCAGUUGCUUCACGAGGAUCCAGUGUUGAAACUGAAAUGUGAAACAUGGCAGCCCGGUGUUUCACACACUGACUUUGAACAAGUUGAAGAGCUUGCCAUUUUGUACCCAAGUGCACUGGUUUUGCUUGAUGGCUUUAGUUUGUACCAGUCAUUGAGAGGAUGUAGAAAUCAGUUAGCCAGAGGUGGGUGUAGGAAGUCUAAGUUUGGUGUUUAUUUUGGAUGCAAAUUAUCCAUUUCAAUGUUUAUGCAUACCAAAAAGAUUGGAACGAAGAAAACAAUUAUUUUUUUAAAAUUGCAUAAACUUUGCUUAUUCUUAGUCUAUGUUGUAUUUAAGUUAAAUACUGCACGGAAAAUUGGGGGUCACCAUGCUUCUUUUCCAACUACACAAUGAAUAGGCUACUUUAGAGUGAAUUUCAUAUGCAUGUGUUGCCAUAGUAACAAACUAUGUGUUACCAAGACUGACAUAAUUUGAAAGAAGAAAUAUUAAAAUAGAUGAACAUCCUGAUAUCUGCUGCACAAAACCUGCAAAUAUGAUGUUUAAUUAAAACUGUCAAACUGUUAUACACCUGAAGUUUUUGAAAACUGUAUUGAGCCUCCUUAAGUGGGACCUAAGAUGUUAAUUAUCUUCUUUUUUGACUUGUGCUUUAGCUCAGGCAAGUGGGACAAGUGAAAGCAUUAAACCACCUCCUCUAGCUUACAAGAAAUGGAACUUUAAAGGACAGAAGAAUAUCACAGAUAUUGCCUCUUGUGGUAAGAAUAAUAUUGUGAUUAUAUUUAUAGAUCAUCGUGCCAGAAGGUCCUUGACUCACUGACACAUUAGAAAUUUCCAGAAAUAUUUUAUAUUCCCUGUAAUCAGAUUUGCGUGCGUGAUUUUCUCCCACCAGACCAUAGAAAAAAACUCUAGGCCUAAGUGAUUUUUUCUAUUGCCAAAAUUGACCUUCUGGGGCAUAAUUUCUCAAAAAAGUUUCCAGACCCCUAACUUAAUCCACUCAACGGCUCGCAACGUACGCAGGGGUAACCGUAAAUUAGUUUUGGUCACACAAAAAUACUAAAUAAACAAGUAUAAAAGUUUCACUUGUUUUGCAUUUCCAGGCACCGUUACUUCAAGUCUAUUUGAUCACCUUCAAACAGCGUCAUUCAUGGGCGGAUGUGACUCAAGCAUCCGGGCAACACCCCCAGCAAUGUCUCAGUUUGUGACGUCAGGAACUGAUCCGUUCAUCGGAAUAUAUUCUGCACUUGAAGGAGGAACACAUCCACUCAUAUCUGAGGUUGCGUUCGAGGUUGCCACCAAGUUGACCUCUGCUGUUUUGUCAAAGUUGUCUGUCGCAAGGUGGGCAUGCGUGAAGCAGUAAGGCCCAUUUCCACUAAAAAAAAUUUCCGCGGACAGAAACUUUUCCAAAAAAUAUCAUUGUUAAUCAUAAUUUUUCCGACGGAAAAUUUUUUGUCGGCCAAUCACAUUUUACAAAAUUUUCUUUCCGCGGAAAAUUCUCCUGAGUGGAAAUGGGCCUUUACUAUCCCCCCAGCUAAUUUCAGUUUCAUCUAACGUACUGUUUCACUAAUUAACCUUACACAACGCUUAUUUCACUUCACUACAAAGCACCCUGCUUGUAUCUAAUUAAAAUAAACUGUUGAGCAUUGUGAUUGGAUGAAAGUAUGUAUACAAACAGCGAGAUUUCGAGUUGGUUUUUGCGAUGAGUGGAAAGGAACCUUUACGCUCAUUUGAUUCGGGCUUAAGACAUAUUUAAUAAGGGAUCCAUCAGUCAAAGGCUUGAGUACAAAUUCUGUAUGUCUGACAAUAUUUUCCCGCUAUGAACAGUGGUUGGCUGGGUUGGAGUGGAAAUAAACCUGAUACGAAGCAAGCACAAGACAAGUCUAAAAAUAAACCCAAAGUGGAAAAGGGAACGUCACUUCCCUUGAGGUGAGUGUGUGGUACUUGUUUGGACAUUAGUAAUACACCAUUUUCGAUAAUUACGUCAUAAAUCUCUUUUGGGCCUGGGAGCCUCGUUCUCAUUAGGUUAGCACUAUUUUCCAUCCAGCAAACUGACCAAACGUCAUUUUCGGAAGAUGGAAGAGGUGUUAAAUGGCUAUGUAACUAAUCCAAACCCUACCCCUACUCACCUUAACCACAACUCUAACCCUAACCGAAUUAAUAAAAAAAUCCAAAAAGAAACGACUUUACAAAAUCGAUAGGGCGGUUUGCUGGAUGGAAAAAAGUGCUAACCUUCUCAUGUGCAAGGUGAAAAAGGUGAAUGUACAAGGUGAAUGAGAGCGAGGCUCCCAGGCGAAGAAAGUAUUCAUGACGUAAUUAUCGAAAAGGUGUAUUGUAUUGUAGUAAACUUCACUUUCCAAUCAAUUUAAACAGCUCUAAGGCACUGGGCUGUUCAAUAAGCGUUGCGGUCAAGUUAAAAAAUGUCAACACUUAAGUGUACGGGCCAGAUCCUUAAGGGGCUCACUUGAAAGUUUGCUCAAAUUUGUAUGGAAGAUUGUAAUGAAAAAACCUGAAUUUAACAUGAUAGUUUCUGAUAUAUUUGCCUAAAUUUUAGUGAUUUUGCACAGCAUUUGUUCGAAUUCCCUUGGUUCCCACCAGUUGGUGCACGAUAGCACAGAAUACUACACAGAAGUCCAUCUCCAUUGUGUUUAGCGUAAGCUCUAUUCGUCAUGAUUCGUCACUCAGCAAGUACCGUAAACAGAAGCAGUCACCCCCCUGGACAUACGCCAUUUUUAGUAUUUCCAGGAGGGGGACUGCUUCUGUUUACGGUACUUGCUGAGUGACGAAUCAUGACGAAUAGAGCUUACGCUAAAAACAAUGUAGAUGGACUUCUGUGUAGUAUUCUGUGACGAUAGUGCGUAGUGAAUAUACCCAUUUACUUUAUCUAUUAACCAGAUUCAGUAUCUCGGACCAGCGACGAGAAGGCACCUCCAUCACGCUUUCUCCAGACGGGAGAUUGGCAGCCACUACAGAUGAAUUUGGACGUGUGAUGUUAAUUAGUAUGACGGAGGGAAUUGUGUUACGUACCUGGAAAGGUAAUGGGACUAUUAACAGCUGAGGUUUUGCUAUGUUUGCUUGGCAUUUAUCCAGCACAGUUUCCGGGACAAAUAGAUGAAUAGCAUCGAUUGUGAAUAGUGCACAAGUAGAUGAUGAUCAUCUAUCUAGGGGAAACUCUAAUCUUAAUCUAACCCUAAUCUAAUAUUAAUCAGAUACUAAUCUAAACUUGAUUACCUUUUUUUUAAAGUUCCCACCCCGGCUCGACCAACCGGGGUGGGAACUUUUUUUUAAACUGCUGAUUUAUCCAUAUAUUUAAAUAAAUUUUGUGAUACGAAAUCGUCAGUCCAAUUUUGAUUUAAACCAAAAGGAUAUAUUGAAAUUUCCACAGGAUAUCGCGACGCAGAAUGCGCUUGGAUACCGGUGCAGGAAGACCACACCGAUGACGGCUCGGAGCAUGCGCAGUCAAGACGUACAGCGCUGUUCCUUAUCAUUUAUGCUCCUAAGAGAGGCAUUCUUGAGGUAGGCAUACAUAAAUACCACAUGUCAUGUUAUGAUAACUCUGUAUAUCCAUAGCCUAUCGAAGGGAAGAUGGCUGUGAAAUAACAAUAAUUAGAAUAACAAUAUAAUUCAUUAUCUAUGUUAGUCAACGUUUAUUCAUAAAUCUGGUCGUUUCACCGUCACGUGCGUAUUGUAUUUUUACCAAAUCCACCAAUAGCAAUUUCCAGUUUCCCUAUUGUUCGAGUCACGGAUAGGCGGCUUUCCUAAAACAUUGCUAUUGGUUAGUUGAGCAAGAAUACAAUACACACGUGACGGUGAAGGACCAGAUUUAUGAAUAAACGUUGACCAACAUAGAUAACGAGUUAUAUUGUUAUUUUAAUGAGUUUCACAGCCAUCUUCCCUUCGAUAUAAGCUAUGGUAUAUCUAAACUGCUGUUUCUACAAGUUCGGCAAAGACCAUCCCUGAUUGUGACAGCUUUACUACUAUGCACUGUUGUUUAACUUGUAAAAAUUAUCGCUUUUCAAAGACUGUUCUUUAUAUAAUAAACAGAAAAAUACAUGGGUGCUUGCGCUCACUCGUGUCGAGAUAUCAUGUUCAACACGAGAAAUAAAUCUGGUAUUUCCGCGCUCCCAUGUAUUAUUCUCUAUUUAACUUUUAUCUCUAGGUGUGGACGACAGAAUAUGGACCAAGAGCCGCAGCAUUUAAUGUUGGACGGGAUAGCAGGUAUCUCUAGGCGAAUAAGCUCUUUUCAACCAGGAGUAACUUCAUGUACAUGGAGAACAGUAGGAUUUUCAAAACUAUGGAAAAAAGACAAUGGAACAUUUCAGAACCAUCCUCGGAAAUACGACACUACUGCAGAAGACAACGAAAAAUGUGUUGUCUCGAGACCACGAAUUUUUCCUUGUUCGCUGCGGUGUUAGAAUGAUAUGAAACAGUGGAACAUUCUGGGUCACUUUCGUCACUGGAUUGCACGCAAAAGGUUAUCGUGCUGUGCAAUGAACUACUCAACGCAACCCUGAUCUGAAGGAAUGUUUUCUAAUUUAUCAUAUUACUUAUGGUAGGUUUUUCUAUAUUGGUCAUCAUAUCCUUGGACUGAGUCAUGUGAUGAGUCAGACUAACGAAGCCAGCGGUAAUCCUCUACGCUGUAUACUACUUCAAGCAAGCGGCAAUAUCAGGAUCCUUACAGUGCCGUUUCACUGUGCCUUAAGGUAUGGGCAUCGUGCAUAUGGGGAUCGUAUUUGCGCUAUAGAAAAUAUUAAUCUUAAAUAGAACCUAAUUAGCGUUUCUCACGCUCUGUUUAUCCGCCAUUUGGGGGAUUUUUGCGAAUUUUUUAACAAUGUAGCUGUGUGUACUGUAUAAUGGUAAUUUCACAGUUACAACUUUCAAAAGUCGCUUUUCACAUUAUUUAGACUGUCUAGAUUCUCUAACGUGGGAAGACACUACCCCAAAAAUGGCGGACAUUGACCCCCUCGAGAAAGGUUAUUGUCCCAUGCAUCGUAUAAAAUUCGAGUCGUUUCUAAUGGAUAAUUAGAAUAUCCAUGCCCCUAUAGCUAUAACCAACGAUUUACUUCUGAUUGCCAAGCUGAGGAGAUUCAAGAAAUGUCCAUGCCUAAGGCCGGCAACCUCGUACCCAGGUUGUAGGGCCAGUUGUACACGAAAUUCGUUUUAUUUGGUGGAUAAGUUCCAUACUCCUAUAGCCUUGUUUUAUUCUGACUUAUGUUUUUUUUUUCAUUUCAGUGACAAGUACAGUCGACGUGUGAGAGACCUUCAUCUUCUCAAGAAACUUUCCGCUGUUUUAGAUCAAGUCAAACAUGAGGAAGGUUUGUUCUUGGAGUUUUAAUUAUUAACAAGCUAUGAGCUACUUCUUUGUUGACUUGGUAAAUGACAGAGUUUAAGAAACGGAUUUAUUUUAUGUCUUAAAGUUUUAAAAGGCAGAGCGCUGGAGAAGUUACAGACGUCGGUUUUAGAAAUUUUAACAUCUAUCCAAGUUCCCGUUUUACUACAGCAGGUAAACACCGUUAAUUUUCAUGUAAACAAUUUGUAAAACGAUUUAGAAAUGUGUGCUUUUGAGCUCGUCAGUGUUGUCAGUAAUGUGAUGUAUAAUGUUAUUUACGUAUUUUAGGGACUUCAGUGUGUUUUGUCGACUGUUGGUAUUCCUGUCAGUCUGCUAGAAAAAGCUGUCACAUCAGUAUCGCAAAAUAUAUCGAAAAAACGUAAGUGAAAUAAACUAGCUACAGAAGGGCGAUUUAAAAAUGGACAGAAAAGAGACUAGGAGAGUUUAGACUAAAAUGGUGUCCCUGCAGCUUUCGUAAUUUGGAUUUUUUACCGGCUGGCAGGUAACAACAUUCUCAAAUUGCCUCGGCAUUUGCUUCGGCAGUUGCGGAGUGCCGAGGUGAAUUAUGACUAUACUUCAUGUUUCAGCGAAUGUAAGUGACGAUCAUGAACACGAGGAUGAUUGUGAUAUCCAGGCGCUUGUGGACUUCACCAAGGUUCAAGAACAAAUCAUAAACAUGUAUACGACACUAUGUGAGGAAAAGAAAGACUCGGCAAGCAAGGAGGAUGUUGAUGAAACUGAGAUUAUCGAUAAUGAAGAAACAGUCAAGGUAAGACCUUCUCCUCCCCCGUCGCCCUCACCCCCUUCACAGUGAACAAGAGCUUACUAUUUGAACUAAGAGGUAAAGGUCCAUUUCCACUCAAGAAAAUUUUCCACCGACAGAAAAUUUUCCGAAAAUAUCAUUGUUAAAAGUUGAAAAUUUUCAACUUCAAAAUAUUUUUUCUGACGGAAAAUUUGUGUCGGCCAAUCACAAUUUUACAAAAUUUUCUUUCUGCGUAAAAUUUUCCUUAGUGGAAAUGGGCCUUUAGUAUUGGUUUCAUUUCCAACUUUUCUUCUUCUUUCGUUUACCAGUGGCUGGCAUCAUUCUUGUCUUUGACAAGGUCAGAAGCGGGUGUUCUGUUGCAGUCGCUUGAAAACUACUGGGAACUUGUUUCCGAGACACAAAAUUUGACGGAGAAAGCAAGUACUUCAUGUGAGAUGACUAUAACGAAGUUUUUAAGUUGCUUCGAAGUCGUUACAAUAUCGCAGAAAAGAAGUGAAAACGAGGCAACGACGUCCAGUACGGAAGAACGCUCGCUGCGAGUGAGAAAGAAUCUUUCUUCAGAAACGCUCGCAAAACUAGGUGGGUAGCAGCCUAGACCAUUUGAUAAGUAUGACGUCACAUGCGAGCAAGGCACCUUGCUUUCAUUUCGCAUGUGACGUCAUUACCAAAUGCUGGAUCAAAACCUGCAAAAGCCAAAUUAUGUUUGUCAAAUUUGAUGCACAUAAAAUGUAUAAGAAAUGAAAUGAUUGGUUCUACGUGUAUAUAAGAAGCUCUCACUUCAAAAGUUGAAUAUCAGACUGUUGAGAUUACCUUGAAUUUUGUUGUCUUGUGUAAAUAACUCAAAUCUUGAGUUUACAAGAUCGGUGUGUGUUUCUUCUUAUAUCGUACAUUCCAAGCCUUAGCUUAUUUGUAAAUUUUUUCUUUGUUUUAGGAAACUUUUUGUACGAGGUAAGUCAAUAUAUCAAUUGCGUAACUAGUAUUGAAAUUCUAAAUUUCACUAUUUUUAACGUUCUUUCUUAACUAUCGUCAACUGUUGGUAUUUUUCUUAGGACACAUUUAACGGUUCAUUAUCCUUGGAGAAACUCUGUUUGAUCCUUGAUAGCUCAAAUAUUCUUCCUACAGAUUUUUUGGUAUGCAUCAUGCAGUAAUCAAUAGACAAUACCUAUUCAUUCUAAUGCAAACUACAUAGUCCCAAUUCUAUAGGGGGGUCUAGGGCCAGCCUUCCCCGAAAAAAUAAUUGAAUUUUGGGUCUCUGAAAUGGCAUUUCCUGCAUUGUGGAGGAAUUUGGAGAAAAAUGCAAAUAUCUUAAUGAAUCACCUUUUAACAGUGUCAAAUAUUGAUUUUAGAAUACUUGACGUCUAAUUAAGUGGAAUACAUAGUCACACAGAACUUUAUAGAUCCUCUCCAGUUUUUCAUCGAAUUUGAACGAAUCUACAUGAUGUAACAUCACUUCAAAAGUACCUAUCGGAAAUUUAUGACUGUGUUUAGGAUUUGUUGAUGUUGUACUGGCUAUCUCAAGACAGGAAACAUUUGAUGAAUCUCUCUGCAUUGUCUUCUUUCCAUCAUCUUGUUUCGUCCAUCAGCUCAAUGAAAGGUACAUGUAAAUUAAUUUUAAAACCUCAACCUGAAUAGCACUAUCAGCAGUCACAGACUGAGAUCCUGUAAGAACCAUCUCUAGUUUUAUUACAGGAGGAAACGUAAACUGAACUCACUUUAUUUAUACUGGAUAGCUUUGUCAGUUAUAAACUGUUUUCCGUAGAGUUUCAGUAACGGCAAUGUAGCACCAAAAAUCUGCGGUUUUUGUUAGACAAGCUAGAACCUUUCUACUCGGUCAUUAUUUUGUAUCCAUGCCUCAUUACCGUGUAGAUAUAAUGCAGCUAUACAAGUAUUGUGUUGAAUAUCAUUUGUCCAGGAAUACAGACCAGACCAAGCACAGAAAGCGAUGCUCAUCCACCAAUCACAGCAUGGUGGGAGAAAUUACGUCAUCAGUUAGCUGAAUCCGCAGUCACAUCUCAAACAUUGUCAGCGGCAGUGUGCUGUCGAAGUGUUGUUCUGGAAAAACAACUGGCUGCAAAGAAGCUUGAGCUGGGAGUAUGUGCGAUUUGUUAAGCUUGUAUAAUUUAAGUUAUAUUUAUCGGGAAAACAUGAGAAAAGAAUUAUAUUAAUCAUUAAAAAAAGGGGCGGACCAUUACAAAAAUUAUGGGAGGGAGCGGGGGGGGGGUUCUCUGGGUACUCCAUUUCUCCCCCCCCCCCUCACCUAAAACUAGCCCUUCCACCUUAGAUGUGCUUCCUGAUGUUAUUUUAAAAUCGGCAUGCAAAACUACAAGGAUUUUUUCACCUUAUAUUGUUUGUCUUCAAGGAUGGUCAAGAGGACACAAAAGAGAACGCUGAUUGGGUAUCAGUAUCGUUAGAAAUGGAACGUUGGAAUUUACUUGUCAACCAAUUGGAAGACAUCUUGAACUUGGCCGUGUUUUGUUUGACGUUGGAGACUGGUAAACAAUCACAGCCCAGCGAACAGCCUCGAGACUUGAGUAAAUGUCAGCGACUUUUGACAAAUGUCAACGUAUUAAGUAAGUAAAUAAUAUCAACAUAGAUUAUGAGCGUAGACUUAGAGAGGAGUUUUAGCGGUACAGUGUAGUGGGUACAUUUGCCUUUCAUCUUUGAUCCCUGCAAUAUUGAGGUUGGAUUACUGAAGUUUGUCCAGGAUACUGCGCAUGUCCAAAUAGAGUGGAACAACUUGAUGUCCCAACCGGGAAUCGAACUCAAGGUCUUGGUUUAACGUACCAGCGCUUUGACUAAUAUAGGCCAGUAGGCCGAGGCUGACGCAGCUAGGAAUGAUGGACAACGAAGCAAUCCUAUUUCCACGUCUGUUUAUUCGAUAACUUUGGCCGACGUAUGAAUACACCCUUUCAAUAAUUACGUCACACAUACUUUUUGGUCCUGGAGCCUCGCUCUCAUUCGUAAAUUACCCAAGGUGAUUGGCUCACGGUUCAUGAGAGCGAGGCUCCCAGGCCAAAUGACGUAAUUAUCGAAAGGGUCUAUUGUAUGCGACUAGUCAUUGAGAUUGGCCUUUCAUUCUCCAGAUAUUCUUGACCGUGGUCAGUCGUGUAUCCCAGAGAUCGUUGCGAAAUGUGUGGUCAGCCAUGACAUACCUCCCGAUUGUCUUGGUCAUCGAAAUUGUAAGAAAUCUUCUCGUUCUAAAACAACUAACGAUGAAGAUCGACCUGAAGAAAUCAUUGAAGAACCAAGUACUGAUCAACUUUUGCAAGGUAGGGAAGUGUUUUGCUUAUCACCAUCAAUAUAUAGGGUAUAGGUGAAAUUUCAGUUAGUAUUUGGGGGGUAGGAAAAAGUGGUUAACAUCGUCAACAGGCCACUUGUAGGAGCAAAAAAAUUAAGCUGCUCUCUCGAUUCCUGGUCAACGUAGAAAUAACUCUAUUUGGGCUAAGGCGUAAAAAAAUACCUGUGGUUCCGGUUUCAUAUCGCGAAAAAAUUAGGGUCGGUAGGUCGGAAAUAAUUUUUUUUUGAAUAUUUUUUCAUGGUUUUUUCAAUAAUUAGUGUGACAACAGACGCCAUUUUGGCAGCAGCCCGCAACUACCCGGAGAAAAUAGGGUCGCACGGUCAAUCGCGUUGAAAAAAUAAUAGGGUUGGCAGAAAAAAAUAGGGUCGGUCGGGAACCGGAACCACAGGUAUUUUUUUACGCCUAAUACUAUUGCCUAGUUAAUUUCACCAAGACGUCCUGGUUAAAUUAACUAGAUUAUGUGUUAGGUGGAUAAACAACCAGGGUCUCCUGCAUGUUGAAAUUAUUUUGCUGUUUUAGGUUUGCCUGAACUGCGAAAACGUUUUCCGCACAGUUUGGCUCAAGAUAUACUGUGGGCUCAUUGCGUCCAGGAAUAUUUAAGCCAAUGGUCGACAAACAAAGAGGUAUAAAAGUUUUAAAGAUUUCCCAUUCAUCACAAGAAUGAACCUGAGAGACAGCAUAGGUCACUUAUACUCUCCUGACGAAGAAUAUACCGUAAUCUAUUAAAAAUGUUUCCGACUGAUAAAAUACACGCUUCCGGAAAUUACGUCACCUUGAGUAUAGAGCCUCGUUUUCGUGAUCAAUACUGGGCUUUAGCUAAUGUCACAUACACGACAACGAGGCUCUAUGACCAACGUAUACUUUUCGGAAGGGUGUAUUCGGGUUUCCUAAGUCGCUAAAACAUUGAUGUCACUCACUCUUCUUGGCUUAAAAUGUGCCUUGUCUUUCAGGAACCUGACUUUUUACAAAAAGCUUUCAAUCACGCGAAGUGUAUCUGUGACCAACGUUUGCGACAUGGUAAGUGCUAAGACAGAUCACGUGCCUUGUUUUAGCGUUCUAAUUGGUGGCGUCUGUUGUUCGCCCGACUGUUGCUUCAUCAAUCAUGUAGGAAGACUUCUUAAGUGGGAUGUCUAUUUUUUUUUCAAAGGUUUAUGUGUUCUUAUGUGGGGUAAAGCGAAAGAUUCGGUUUCCGCCAUUACUGCAUUGACGGAAAAGGUAAGUGGAAAAUGGAAUUUUUAUGCAGAAAGGACUAUGGAAGUGAAAUGAAUGAGAAACUUUAUCUUUAAUGUAGGUUGGAAAAGCUCCGAAAGAACGACUUUGUGUCAAGGUAUAAUGCUCCCGGAUAAAAUGUUACUCCAUUACGCAAGUAAAAACGCACAAGUUGUCGACAAGUUGUGUUCGCACUGCUUGUUCCCAGUUGUUGUAACAAGUUUGGAACAAGCUGUUAACAACUUGUAACAAGCUUGAUGGUAUUAUCAGACUUGUUACAAAGUUGUUCUAACAAGUCUGACACAAUCAUGAUAUAACAGGAAUGUUAGAAGAUUGAUCACACAAGGUUGUAACAUUAUUGUUAUAUCAUCACUGUAUUGGACUUGUUGGAACAACCUUGCAACAAGCCUGAUGGUAUCAACAAGAUUGUUACAAGUUAUUAACAGCUUGUUCCAAACUUGUUGACAACUUGGGACAAGCAGUGCGAACCCAACUUGUUGACGGCUUGUUGGCAGACUUCCUACAAGAUGUGAGAUUUUUGCGCGUGUAUUUCUAAACCGCAGUUGUUCCUAGGGGACCAGUAAGGGCCAUUCCUUUUUGUUCAAGUAUUACUGCAGGAGGAAACCAGAAGAAAAAAAAAUAUAACAAAUUGUGAAAAUUGACAUCUUGUGUUCUUCAUGUUCAUCUUUCUUGUUUUUUUCUUGAAUAUCAAGAAUAAAAGAUGUCAAUUUUAGGAAACCAAAUUACCUGGAGAAAAGCUCAGAAAGCCCGCUGUGUUUGUAUACUUCAUAUAUACUCUUCAUAUAAUCACUCAACUGUAUAUUUGUUUCAAAUUACAUGGUUGCUUCUCGUAUUCUAGACAGUUGAAAUGGGUUGUACGUCGUUGACAAAAUUUUUGAAGUUUACCAGAUUAAUUUUACAGUUUUUAGCCGAGGUACAGUAUUUACAAUGGUUGUUAAUAAUUAUUUUUCGUUAGUUGUGAUUGAGUGACUCGAAUAUUUACUUAACAAGAUAUUGUUCUUCGCAAUAUGCUUUGGAAUAUAUUUCCUUAGUUUGUCGAUUGGUGGUGAUUUGCAGAAGUAUCUAUUUUGAAAAAAUUCCAAUUUUUUCCAACAGAUAUCAGACGAUAACUUUGAUGAAAAUUACCAAGAAAUCAUGUUUGAGAUUGAAGACUUUUGGCGAACUGGGGAAACGUAAGUAUUUUGGUGAUUUUGCCUCAGUGGCUAUUCAUAUAAGCCGGGUCGUUUGAAUGAACUUUAUACUGUUACUAGAAUCAAACUAAGCUCAUUCAAUUUUGAAAUAUUAUUUUGAAUGAUGCUUGUGAUGUUACUCUGAGUGUAUAUCCACACCGGGCAAGCUUGAAAAAUAUGCUUGGCUACGGUGGGAAUCGAACCUACGACCUUUGGAAUACUAGCCCAAUGCAGAGUAACAUCACAAGCAUCAUAUUCACCUGAGUACAUUACACCAAAAAAUUCAUCAUUUUGGGUGUUUAUCAAAGUCGUGAUAAGAGCUUUAUUAAUACGAAUCAUCCUGGUUAACCGGGCCAGCCUGGCUCCAUAUGAACAGCCCCUCAGUCACAUGUGACAAGAGUGCUUCCAGUUUAAUGCUACCGAACACUGCUGGUAUUCUCCAAAUGUUUUGGUUUUCUCUCGUAGUGAUACUGGACUAACAAGAGAAGACGCUUCCUCUAUAGGGAGAACAGUUAGUACUGAUAGAGCUAUCCAAUGCAAAUAAAGUUUAGUACGCGUUUCUCCAGCAGUAUAUGCAUUGGAUUGCUAUAUAAAGGAUGGCCCUUACUGAGUUUCUGGACCUCUUUGGAGAGCAGUUCAAUCUUGAUACUAGUAUAGGGACUAACUUGGGUUGUAUGAUUCAUAGGUUGCCAUCAACAUUUCUUCAGGAGGCCAUUGCAACUGAACAAAGCAAUCAAGAAUUUGUCGCUCUUCAUUAUUGGUUCGUUUCAGUGUUGUGGCUUAUUAUGGGGCUGACUAUGAAAAGUGUGAAGCCAGUUGGUCUUUUGGGUAGUAAAGUAAGUCGCCCUUACAGCUAAUUCAAUGAAGGUUUUCCUUCGAUGUAAAAUCACAAAUACAAAACCUCCGUCUCUAACCCCGAAGAGCACAACCUUAUUACUAAAUGAUAAUAACUUGUUCCAAAGUUGACAAACUGCUGUAUUCAUAUUGCAUAUCCAUGAUUAUAUGGAGAAAGCGCGGAUUGAAAGGGUUCAACUACCUGAAAAAUACAAGUAAAACUUCGACGUUUCGAGCGAAGGUAGUUUUUCAUAGAGACCUUACGAUUUUAGGACGGCGACGGCCAAAACAAACUCCUUCAAAUAAAUGGUAGUAAAGCCGUAGUUUGUGGUAUAUUAUCAAUCGUAUGAAUUUAAUACAGUUUUACUUGGGUUUUAUGGUUGGGAAGAGUUCUGCUGAACCCAGUUUGAAGUUGCACUUGUUGUGGCUUGGAAUGCAGCCGUUGUAUCAAGACGUGAAAAUCUGUGGUUAAGCGUUGUAAACAAAGCGAGGACAAUGUGUAAAUUAUUCAUAUAUUGUAAUUACUCAAUUCUUUUCAAUAAUCUAUUGUAUUGGUGGCCGUUGCCGUCGUGUUGCCGUCCUAAAAUCGUAAGGUCCCUAAUGUCACUACCUAUACGCUGGCACAGACUGUUCAUGGGUAAAUGAACCAUGGUCAUGCAUUCAUGUGUAAGAACGAUCGUAGUACAAACGGUUGUAUUAACAACCAUGAUUAUUGGACGCCCACUGCAUGGCAUAAUCCUGGCUAAAAACCCAGUUGAUGGUGUCUUCUUAACGCAUUUAUUAUGACAUAUUCAUCUGGGGGUUUUUUUUUGAAGGAAAAGAAAAUGGUUUUUAAGAAGCUAAGUUCUCCGUACGAAACAAAAGAUGUGGAAGCCGGGGUUGUAGAGGAAAGAGAAACGGUAAGAUUCGUUGUUUUUUAAAUCCCAGUUUAUUGGUCGGUGACCAGGCGAUUCGCAGGGGAAACAAUUAAACUACUGGGUCGCUCUAUCUGUUUUAUUUUAACUGCUGGUUUGUUAGCUCAGCUUUGUCAUAAAACCAACUUCUAAAUUUUUGGAGGAAGGAAAUUUAAGGGUAAAAAGUUCCAAAGUUCCAGUUUAUUUUGUAGUUUUUCCACAAAUCUGUAUCCGCCCUUGUUCAAUUGGUUUCCACCGACACAUCUCCACCAAUGAGCGAACAGGAUUUGAGAGAAACGGCUGCUGAUUGGUCCACAGCGAUAUAUAAACUUGCAGAACAAGUUGGUGUGAAUAUCGAUCCUUUGAAGGAAAAUUACGUUUGUGAAUUAUGUUCUGUUGGUUUGCAUAAACUAGCACAAGAGGUAAUGAAUUGUUCCAACUGCUGAAGUCAGAGUAACGAUUGUGUCUUAAAAUUACUCUUUGAUAUACGAGGAAACAAAAGUUUAUUUAAAAAAAUGAGUGUCUUUCAGUCUGUAGUAACCUUUUAAAUAGCUUUUAAUUGAAAACACUGAUAUAUAUAUAUAUAUAUUAGAAACUGUAGGGAGUUUCCUUAAUUAAAAAGAUUAUGAGAGCCCUGGUAGAGCUUAAUUAAAGGUGAUCUACAGUCCGAUCUGCGCAUGUGCACAAAUGAGCCCACUUUUUAUGAUACAAACAGUUUAACUAUGUUUUGAGUUCAUGAAAAGCCUGAUUGUUGUUUCUUGAUCAUUUAUUAUACUCUAGAAGCUUGAAAAUAUAAAUAGUUGUCGAAUAAAGCUCAAUAUUUUGGACACAAAAAUGUAAACAAGGGCUUUGUUUACAUACGGACUGUAGAUCACCUUUAAGCCUACUAAAUGCUUUCAUGGUUACAAAAAUUUUUGUUACAGCUUUGUCCAGCUAUCAAUCAAAGGCUUUCAGCAAUCAUCUAGGGGUCUGCCACUGACCGGUGAUCGUGGCUGGAUGGAACUAUUGCUAUGCUGCGAGUGAUGCAAAACGCCCAUUUUUAUCCUUUCAUUGUAGGCUUUCCUUACAGUACAUGACAAGACAAAACUCAGUCCAAAGGUCUUAGGUAUCAUUGGACAAAGACUGGCCGAGAAUUUGUUUGAAUGUAAAGACCCAAGUGAAACUGCUAGGAUAUUAUCUGGAAUACCAAUGUCUGUGAGUACGUGGUUAAGAAAACAGGUGUGUUGUUAUAUGAUGUUUAGUAUGUUGAAUUAUUAAUACGUCGUUUCACCAGAAUGUAUGGGAAGGGUGCCAAUCCAUUAAAUCCAUUCUUUGCCUUACCGAAUCCAGUGACAACAGACCUAUGCAUAAUGACGUCACAAUGCUUGAUGCCUGCAGGAAAUGCUGGUCUUAGUAGUCAUCGCCCGGGAAAAUUUCGAUAGUGGCCAUUUAAUUUUCCCGAGUGAUGACUACUAAGACCAGCAUUCCUUGUGACGUCAUGAGCAUAAGGUGUAUUGGUUGUUCUUUGACCAUCUUGCAUGGCAACGUUCCUUUUAUAAUAAUAACAAUAAUAAUCUUUAUUUUAAGAGGGCGUUAUGUUAUUUUUUUCAGGAACGAUCUAAACUUCGGAAAAAAGCUGCUUCAUUACAUGGAGUGAGCGAACUAUUGGCAGUCAUUCUGAAUGGACUAUCAGACAACCCUAAGGAACACGAGAUUGUCACGAGUAUUAUUGAAAUUUUGAAAACUUUACCGUAGGUAAGCAAUCUACAUGAAAUUUCAUACAAGUCGCGAUUUAUCGUUUCAAGAUGGCCUUUUUUGCGUGCGGAGCGGAAUCUUUCUUUGUCUUUACUGCGCCCUGGUCUUUUCUAAUUUGUUCCACCCGAGAAAUCACAAGACAAAGAAAAAUUCCGCUACGCGCGUAAAACUCCGCCUAGUGGAAAACCGGCUUGAUAGCGUAACCCUAGCUUGGUUGCAGCUCGGAAUUUCGAAACCAGUAUUUACAAUGAAACUGGCAAUGAGUAAAGUCGUUACGUCACUCCCUGUUCGAAAAAUCGUUUAUAUGUUUCUGUAAGGAAUAGUAAAGUCUGGUUCACACUAACAAUUCUGUCGGCGAUUUUUCUUCUCCUGGCCAAUGUGAUCGAAUGAAUGAGAUGCAAAAGACUGAGAAUUGUUUACUUCUGAAAAGCGACUCUGUAUACCUUUGUGUGCGAGUUUACUCAUUUGCAUCCGUCAGAAACACAAAAUCGUCGACAAAAUUGCUAGUGUGAACCAGGCUUAAGGUGGCUCAAUACAGUUUUUUUAAAAAUGGAAAAUUCAUGAUUGAUAUGCGUAUUUUUUGACAAUUAUUACUUGUCGAUAAACAAAAAGUGCCUUACAUAAAACAACAUCUAAGGUGUUACGCAACUGCCGUUGCGUAAUUUAAAAAAAUCAUGAAUAAUCACCUUUUCGUAAUUUAAAAAAUUUCGGCUCCACAGAAUUUUUUUAAAUUGUCAAAAUAAUUGAUUGUACUAAGAGAAAUCACUUUUGGGGGGUCACCAAUGUCGUUUACAAGUUAAGUUACUUUAAAGCCAAAAUAUCCGCCAUCUUGAAACGUCAUUGUUGCCGUAGCAACGGCAGUUGCGUAACUUUUGUACAAAAAUUCAAACUCUUUAGAUGUUGUUUUAUAUAAGUAAGGUACUUUUUGUUUAUCAACAAGUAAUAAUUGUCCACAAAUACGCAUCUAAAUCGUGAAUUUUCCAUUUUUUUGAAAAACUGUAUUGAGCCACCUUAAAGACGUUCGGUAUCUGUAGACUACGGAUGUUUUGCGAGUUCUGGGAAACCACAAGGGCCACCACUCCCAUCCUUUCUACACCCAAAACAACCACCAACCUCCUGUGGAGGAAUUCGAUCCUGUGUAAUCCAUACGACUUUCCAUAAAUGGCUUCAUAGUAACAAACAAUUCAUAGAAUGUUUGCAAAAACACAUGGUCAUUACUAAGGUCUAGGGAGCUUAAGCAAGCGACGUUAUUGUCAAAACGGACGUCGCCUGAAUAUUGGUAUAACAAAUUUGGCGAAAAUCCCCGUUUAUACUACUUCAAUUUUUGGUACCCGUACCAAAUUUAUCCAUGCUCGGCCUUUGUAAAUAGGUAGUCCGAGCACGGAUAAAAAUGGUACGGGUACCAAAAUUGAGCGUAGUGUAAACGGGCCUUGUGCAAGGAAGCAAAAGAAAUCUUAAAAAUCUUAUGUUUUGUCAGAUGUGUUGAAUGAAGAUUACCACAAACUGACACAGGCACAGCUUUUAUUUCAGCCCCCCACCCCCCUCCUCGGCAAUCUGACGUAUGUCAAUCAACACAAAAGUUUAUUUAUGGACUUUAUUGACAUAAAAUCACGUUAAAUUUGAAUUAGUUUGAAAAGGAAUACAUGACCCAUGACAAAACAAAUCAAUUUCUUAAUGAUUAUACUUUUGUGAAAUGCGAAACUCCGAAACUGUUGUACACAGCUAUUCAGUAGAGAGUUUAAGCUUCGCGUUAUACCGGUCAAACCAGAGACGGCAACCGGCAGGCAAAGAAACAUUUUACGGUAUCAGGCAAUAAAGAGUAAAUGAACUUGCUGUUUUAAAACUGAAAUACAUAAUUAUUCUUUCGACACAAGAGCGAAAAUAUGAAACGAAAAUGUUCAACGCAAAGUUUGUCAUUCCCGGAAACGUGAUGCUUAAACUUCCUAUUCAAUGACACUGACUGCAUCGUGAUGAACAAUAAAUAUAUAUGGCUCAGCCCUCACAAAUAUAGUUUCAGUACAAUAAAAUUGUUAACACCCGCUAGAAUAUAACCUAGAACAUUUAUACAGUUAAAAAUUUAGUAAAUUAUUUAAUAUAAAUUUUUUAAAUGUGCUAUACAUAAAGAAAAUUGUAGUUGUAAUUUCUAGUUACCUCGUAAAGCGGUAUGAUUUAAACUAUAAUAUAUAUAGUGUGUACUUAGUCUCUAGGCUGACCGCUAAUACAAUACUCAAUAGUCAAUUUAAUAUUAUAAUGCUCUUCUAAAAAGCCUGUACGCGUACUAUAUUACAAUAUAAAUAUGUUCAUUUAUUUAUGAGUUUGUAUUUGCACAGCUUUUGUCUCGUCCAAAAUCGUCUUUACAUCUUGCCAUGUUAGUUUAACCAGAUUUUUAAACAAAGAGCCAUUGAAAUCGCUUAUUUCACUACGGCAAACAACGCAUGUAUGCAAAGCUGAUUUUUCCAACGCUACUUUAAAAGUCUCCCAAGCACAAAGACCGCAAGUCACUCGAUGUCUACAAGGUAGCGUUUCAAUUUCAGCUCGUUCAUCCAGGCAAACGACACAUCGAUCCGAUUCACAUAUAUCACUUCUUCUCUCUCCUCUCUUCCGGUCGAUUUGUACAAAACGUUCUAUCACAAAAGAUCUUUUAUUGAUGUCUAUAUUCUUUAAUUCUUCGACCAGGCUGUCUAGCGUUGAAUGACGUUUGGCAUUUCUCGAAAAAUAUUCGUUGCGAAAUUUUGCUGCUAAAACGUAGCAAAUUAGCAACACUAAAGAAUACAACACAUUGCCCAUUAUGUGCAGUACUAAUGUACAAGAAAUAUAGUUUAUUAUAAAGUAAAAACUGAAUGUCCAAAGCAAUCCAUGCCAAGAUCUAGACUUUUCCAUGUCUGCCAUAAUCGAAAGCUUUCACAGUUUUAACCUCGUGCCAAUUACGAGGCUUUUAAGAUAAUUAUAUUGCUUCUUUGUUGUUCGCCCUUUUUCGCUUUUGUAAUAUGUUGCGUGGUCUUUUGUCUUCUGAUCAGGUUGAACUCGUUAAAUUUUCUCGCGCUAUUCUGACUU